AUGAGUAAUUGUAUGAUGCAUCGUGCAAUGGAUUCUCCAUCGCUCAAGAAGAUGAAGGAUGCCGAGAGAUUGCGAGAAGGUACUUAUGCUUCUUCCGCUGAGAUUCCAGGCAGCAAUACUGCAACUCAUGACUUGGGGCUUACACUUCUCCCUGGGUCACAGAUACAGGCGGAUGAGCCAAGAUCCAAAACAUCGCAGAUCGACCGUGGCUUGAUCUCGAAUCUUGCAGAAGCCGCAGAACUUGGGAGGACAUUUAGUCAUGGAUUCAACAGUGUGCCGGAAAGCGCUGGUACCUGUGUUCCAGGGCACACCAUUUCGCAGCGCCUUCAUGAUCUCACACAUGGAAAGACGGAUACUGCUAUAUAUCGACUAGGGGAAGAGGAUCAGCAUCAGACUGACCUCUCUGAUGCUUCCGUGGCCAGAGCCUUGCAAUGCUCAAGCCAUACAGUCUCGCUUGUAGAAAGCGAUGCACCCCUUAUGAGGGAGGCUUCUGGUUCAAGUGUCAGGAAGGUUCCUGCCAUGACCAGCCACCUGUUUAUUGAUGAAAGUGAAACGGCGGGCCGUGGCAAAGUGGCUGGUAAUAAGCUGCCACGACGGCAUAUGAGUCAAUGCCAUGUUCCAAGCCCAGCGAGCUCUAAAGAAGCUCGCAAAUUUCGACGCUCUUUAAGUGAACCUCCGCAUUUGAACCGGCAGCAGAACCAGGAAAUCUUUUGGCAUCUCAAGGUUCGCGAAGCCAUCGACGCUUUGCAGCUGACUGCAGGAUCUCGGCCUACCCGCAGGAAGUGUCGUUCGUGGACUAAGCUCUAUCCCUCAAGUAGAAAAGCAAAAAUUCAACACUCCAGCCCCGUCGAAAAACUCAGCCCAUUGUCACCAAAAUCAACGACGCGGCCCAACACUCUUUCGCUCUCACAUCCUCUUCAUGACCAUUCACAAAAUCUUACCAAAGAUCUAAUGAGACAUUCUGAUCACUCAGCAAUGCUAGCAUCUAACUCAACCUCGCAUUUUGCGGGCGAAAACGCAACCGUCGACAACUCUUUCGCCCUGGUCAGCGUGCCUCAAAAUUGUAGUCAAGCAGAGGCCGGGCGAUCAUUACAGAAUUACAACACUUUUCAACCACUUGAUGGGGAUCAUUCGGAAAGGCCACAAUUUCUUCCAUUUCAACACGCAGAAACGUUUCUCUUACCAGACGAAGGCGGUGUACAUAAGAUCGACGGAGAGGAAAGCUCCGUUAGCCACGAUCACUCUUUCAGUGUCGCUUUUGACUAUCCUAUGGACCAGCCCGGCCACGAAGCACACACGGCCGCGCGAACGUCGAAUUCCGAUCUCCAAUUAGACUUCGCGUCUUCGUUCUGUGACCGAUUUCUUCAGGACGUCUCGACAGAAAGUUCCAUUGCACCAACAGUAGAAAAUCAAUUUUCCUCGAGCUUCGCUUCUCAGGCCUCCAUCCCUUUUCUCCAUACAGCAGGUGACAGUCAUCAACAGAAUGUGCUUGGUUCUAAGGCCCAAAUUGACAGCAAUCACUUCUCGAGCCCCGGAACACGCAAAUUAUCCAAAAGUCAACGUAAGCAAAGCUCUCUACUUCGACACGCAACUCCAUUGCCGGAAACAUCUGGAGAAAUUUCAUACGCAGAGCUGAAGGCGCUUUUCCAGCUAGAGCAACAAAAAUUUGUGGCGCUGGAACAUACUCAUCGGCGCCUUACAGGAUCUUGUCAGACUCUCAAAGAUGACCUCCGCGCUUUCAAGUCUUCACAUCAGAACGAAAUUACAGAGCUUAAGCGCAAGUUAAAGGAAGCCCAGAAGAACGCAAAAUUGUUUGAGAAAUUCAGGCAAUGUGUACUCGACACCAAGAGUGAAAGCGAUAUGUGGAGAAGCAAGGCUAUUGACAUCAAAAGCCAAUGCGACAAGUGGAAAAGCAAGGCUGAUGACAUGAGAAAUCAAAUAGCUUUGAUCGCGCAAGGUAAUGAAGUGAACAAGCAACAACAUUUUGAGCAUCAGUCAAAUCCUCGUGCUGUUUCGCAUCUGGUCACAGACAAUUCAGACCACACAUCAAAGGUCAUGACAAUGACAAAUCCAAGAAAUAUCCAUUUUAUGCACCAGACUGAAUUAGAGCAGACAGCUUUGAAUGGGUCUGGUGUUACGACAGCAGACAAUAACAAUGACUUUUUCACAACGAUGUCGGACCCUGAUCUGCCUUCGGCAACCUCAGAUUUCCAUAGCUACACGUCGGACACUGAUCUCUACGCCAUGCUCGAAGGGGCGAUCUCAAAGCUGGAUGAGGAGAGGGCGUCAUCAAAGGAUUGA